AUGGCACCACGGCGCUUCGAGAAAGUACCUGGCUCGGAGACAAAAUGGAAGCAGGUGGUAAACGACGCACAUUUGUGGGAGAAAACUCUCCAAGUCUUCAAUAACUUCCAAUCUGCAUCCAAGUUAACACAGGAUCAAUUCUUGCUCUUUCGAACCAUCGUUCUGAAAAGGGGAACAUCUUUUGAUCCUGCUAAAUUCAAUAUCCAACAGGAGCACCAGCAGGCAAGGGCGCUUCUCAACGCGUCAACAAAUUUUCAGUCCUAUAAGGCUGACAUCAGAAACCGAACCUUUGUUGGCCAAGGGGAAUUUGGUUUACUACGUAAACAGCAGAGGGAAGUCCUGGAAUAUGACUCAAGUGAUGAAGACAAGUUGACCAGGAUUGAUGAAACCCCAGUUAAUGCCACCUUUAUCAAUCUGCUGCAAGCGAUUUCGGAGAUCCCUGCAACUCCGACUUCUCAUUGGCGACAUAGCAAGAUGGAGUUCGUCGCAGAUUUUCGACACGGUCGAAAAUACACAGCUAUCACGGACGGUCAAUUACAGGAUAACCAAAAUCACGCCAUAAAGGCAAUCAUCGAAUGCAAAAAGGACGUACGCAAAGAGAACAUCGUAGCAACUGAUAUGCAAGAGGCCGCUGAAAUAGUGGCAUGGAUAAAAUGCUAUCCCAAACCAGAGCAUCAGCGCAUCCUUGUUUCUCAAGAUAACACUGAGAUUUAUGUCACAUUUGCAACGUAUGACGACAGAUGGUUGCGGCAUCUCAGGUGCGGUGUUAGAAAGUUCGACGGCCUGAUGCACAUGUAUCAGCAUAGUCCAUGGGACUUAGAAGAUGAGCAGGAUGUCGAUGAUGUCGCGGCAAUACUUCUUGCCAUUGCUCUUAUGCCCACCCCUCCUUGA